UCGUCUCAUCUCGUGAACUCAAUGUCGAGUCUCGUCUCGUCUCGUGAGAUACCCGUCUCGUCACACCCCUACAUUUCAGUCGUGUUUUGGCUCAUUUUAGGUGUUGAAUGCUACAGCAGCUGGUCAAAGCAUGUUUUAACUAUUAAGACUGGAGGAUCUGUCACCAUCCCAUGUCAUUAUGAUGAGAAAAACCCACCGCAGAAGAAAUACUGGUUCUCAGUCAUCGAUAAAUCUAAAAUAUACACAAACACAACAGAGGAGAAUCCGUCAGUAAUUGAUCAUCCUGAUCAGAGUCUCUUUACUGUGACUAUGAGAAACCUGCAGAACAAACACAAUGGAGGUUAUUCUUGUGUUGUGGAGACUGAAGGACAGACGAAUGUCACAUAUGAGCUUCAUCUCGAGGUUCAGUCUGCUCCUGAUGUGUCUGUGGUGAACAGCAGUGUAUCUGGACAUGAAGGUGGUAAUGUCAGUGUCCAGUGUUUCUGCAGUUCUAGAUAUCAGAAUGAUCCCAAACAGUGGUGCAGAUAUAAAGAUCAGAGCUGUUACACAGUGGGGGGGACUGACACAUCCCAGAGAUCAUCAGUCCAGAUCAGUGAUGAUGGGAGAAGCUCCUUCACUGUGCUGAUGACUGGACUGAGACUCAGUGAUUCUGGAUGGUUCUUCUGCUCUGCUGGAGGGGCACUGAACCCUGUUCAUCUCACUGUAACUGAGAAGGACAAAUGGCGUUUUUGUCUGUCACAGAACUAGAGUUUUCUCCACAUCAACCAGAAAGAUCCGUGUGUAGAAUGUGUUACACGUCUACAUUUGCUGAAUGCUUAAAUGUCUGUAAUGUAUUUUUUCCUCACCAUUUUUCUUCAAAUGUUCUUUUUUUUUUUUUUUUUUUUUAUCAAAAGUGACUUACAAUUGAGGA